CAGCCUGUUAAGCAAUUACACGGAGAUACUCAUAUAAGUCAAGCAUAAACAUAAAUCGUUUCCUUAAAAAAAUAAAGCAAUUUAUACGCUUAUAUAUUUUCGAAAAGCAGAUAAUCAUCAGCGAUUCUAUGGUCGACUCCCCCUAGGGAGUAGACCUAAAGGACGUAAACAACAGGGACGCGCACAUAAUCGAGAAUCUUAAGGUCUGUGGACGAGCUAACUAACUAAGCAUUCAUUGUUGCUAUUGUGCAACGUUUCGGUGAACAUUAACGUACGUUCCAACGAGAAAAGCAGCAUUCUUCGUGGGGAAAAUGAGCAAUAUUUAUAUUCAAGAACCACCCACGAAUGGAAAGGUUAGCGCCUUUUUCUACAAGCGGUGAACACGCUCAACUGUCUUGAUGAGGACCACUGCAGGUGACAUUGACAUCGAGCUGUGGUCCAAGGAAACUCCUAAAGCAUGCAGGAACUUUGUGCAACUGUGUCUGGAAGGUUACUACGAUGGGACCAAGUUCCACAGAGUGGUGCCUGAAUUCAUCGUCCAGGGUGGGGAUCCAACUGGGACCGGGACAGGGGGAGAGUCCAUAUAUGGGAGGACGUUCAAGGAUGAAUUUCACUCCAGAUUGCGCUUCAACCGGAGAGGCUUAGUUGCCAUGGCGAACGCCGGGCCGCAUGAUAACGGUAGUCAGUUCUUCUUCACACUGGGCCGUGCAGACGAGCUCAAUAACAAACACACCAUAUUCGGCAAGGUGACAGGCGACACUGUGUAUAACAUGCUCAGGCUGGCAGAGGUGGAGUGUGACGGCGAUGAACGGCCAUUAAAUCCCCACAAGAUCAAAAGUACAGAAGUGUUGCAUUCACCUUUUGAUGACAUUGAACCGCGGGAAACAAAGAAGGGAAAAAAAGAAAAAGAUAAGGAAGAAGGGAAGAAGUCGCAGUCAAAAGCCACAAAGAAUUUCAGUCUGUUGUCAUUUGGGGAGGAGGCCGAAGAGGACGAGGAGAUGGUCAACCAAGUUAGUCAGAGCCUGAAGGGGAAAAGCAAAAGCAGUCACGACCUCCUGAAGGACGAUCCCAGACUGAGCUCCGUUCCGGUUGUGGAUAAAGCAGAGAAGGCAUCUGGAGAUGAAUCCCAGGACGACGAAGGCGAGAAGGCGAGCGAGCUGGUCCGAGCGAAGCUGCAGAAGGGCGCAGACAAAGCGAGGGUGCCUGAGGAUGGAGAAGAAAGGGGGAAGAAGAGCAGCCGGAGUGAAGAGUUGCGCAAAGAAGUCCGCCAGUUGAAGAAGGAGCUGAAGGCUUUAAAGCAAAGAGAAGAUGGAUCCAAGCCUGCUGUGGAGGAAGUCAAGGAGGAGGUGAAAAAGCCCACCAGCGAGGCCGUGGCUGAGUAUCUGGAGGAGAGGAAAAAGUACGAGGAGCGGAGGAAAGGCAAGAAGAAGAAAGGCUCGGGGAGAGAAGAGCAGACGAUGGAUCUGCUCAACCGCUUUAAGUCGAAGUUGUCGUCGGCUAUCAACGAUGCUCCCGAGGUGGAGGACGACGAGGAGGAGUUGGCCGAGGACGAUGACAAAGGCUGGCUGGGCCAUGUUCUGCAGUGUGACGAGCAGACCCACAAAGUCAAAGACGCCAACAUGCAGGACGAGGACACCUUCGAGAUCUACGACCCCCGCAACCCCGUCAACAAGCGGCGGCGGGAGGAGAGCAAGAAGAUCAUGAAGGAGAAGAAGGCCAAGAGGUGAGGAUGUGGCGGGUUGGGGUCCAGGGCUGGAAGCCAGAUCCCAUGGCUCACAUGUCAGGAUUUAGGAUGCGGACUGUCAUGGUGAUGGCGGGAGGUUUUGAACAGCUGUUGUUGGUCGUCAUGUGAUGAUGUUGGUGAGCAACCUGUGACAAAUAAACACGCCUGCUAACCAGCGA